CUUAAAAUGCGUGUUAAGCUAAUGAAAUUAUUGUCACCAUAGAUAUAUAGGCCUAUCUAUGAUUGUCACUUACUAGGCUACAAAAAAUGGUGACUGCCGGUGACAUUUGUAAUAUGGGUAACCUUAUUAACGCACAUCUCCGGCUCUGCUAUUUUGCACUAAUGUUAAAUAUUUUGCACUAACUACAAACAUCAUUAAACUCCAAAGUCACCUAGUCAGGUAAACCGUGUAAGUGAGUAGCUGAGCCAAUCGGUGGUGCUAAGCUAUUGGUUUUAAUGUAGGCUACUGCAGCGCGCGUCAGCUAUGCUCCCGCCUUGUCACUUCCUGCUCGCGCAAGUAAUAUAGAUGCGCAAGACUCGCGGAAUGUCAAAUGGAACAAUGUAACGGACCGGAGUGUGAGCCUUAACCGGGGGUUACUUAUUAAUCCAUGUCCAGGCCAUAGCCCUACUUAAGGGUUGGAAAACGGUAAUUCAAGCCCAACAAACAAGCGGCCAUAAUUUGGGAAGGUAAUAAUAAGUGGUUCGCAUAGAGGAAUUCUACCGUAGCCGUGCGGCAUCUCCUCGAAUUUCAGCAAUUUCCUAAGGUGACUUGGAACAGCUCGACCAUAUCACAUGCUGUAACUCUAUACUGGACUCCUCCGGACCUUUAAAUACACCUCCAAAAACUUAUUUACCACGUGGUGUAAAGUGAGAAGCUUCCAACCCGGGACAACUGACGAGGGCUGGUUUGAAAGAACAAGUGAAAUCUUCUCGUGAUAAGACGGAACGGGACAUUAGGUGAACUGACACGAACGUGCAUUCAGUGUGUAUCUUUAGAAGAUCCCGACGGUUUCACAACCAGAUGCCGUCGAAGUCAGCAGCAAUCUAGUUUGCUUCUGGUUCGCUACGGACAAGUUUUCAGUUUUCGCAUAUGAAAAUAAUUAAGUGUUGUUUUACUCAUUUGAACUAGAUACAAGCGUGUUGAAUGGGGUCUAUCAUUUGUAUGCUACCUAAGUACAGGCAAGAUCUCUCACGAGCCUGGAGCACGGGGAUGCACCUGCCUUUCUUAUCCGACCUCUAAGAGUGAAUAUCACCAACAUUCCGCAUGGUACUUUGGUCGAAAGAACAAGACAAACUGUCCGAAAUGUCCACCGGUGCGAUAGAGAUGAAGAAGGAAGCGGUGGCACCGGCAUAUCACCACUCGAACGGGUCGGUGCACCCGGUCAUCCUGUCGGAGAGCCCCCAGGAUCCGCAGCAGGAGGCAGGGGAGUAUGAGCUCACUGAGGUGACUUCUUUCACGGACCGGGGAGACCAGGAGAGCGACCGGUCCGAGAUGGUGGUCAUUGACUGUCGGGCUAACGCCAAGGGGCAGCGGGAGGAAGACGCGCUCCUGGAGAACGCCAGCCAAAGCAACGAGAGUGACGACACCAGUACGGACCAAAGCCCCGUGCCACCACCUCCGCUUAAAGAGACGUCCUUCUCCAUUGGACUUCAGGUCGUCUUCCCAUUCCUGCUGGCCGGGUUUGGAACAGUGGCGGCGGGCAUGGUGUUGGACAUGGUGCAGCAUUGGACGGUGUUCACUGAGGUGAGUGAGGUCUUCAUCCUGGUGCCGGCACUCCUCGGGCUGAAAGGCAACCUUGAGAUGACCCUCGCCUCCAGGCUGUCCACUGCGGCUAAUAUUGGGCAGAUGGAUACAGCUCAGGACAAGUGGAAGAUGAUCAUGGGAAACCUGGCCCUCAUUCAGGUCCAGGCCACUGUUGUGGGCUUCCUGGCCUCCAUCGCGGCCGUGAUCUUUGGCUGGAUCCCAGAGGGUCAGUUCAAGAUGGGCCACGCUGUGCUCCUGUGCGCCAGCAGCGUUGCCACGGCCUUCAUCGCCUCUCUGCUGCUAGGCCUGAUUAUGAUUGGCGUGAUCAUCGGCUCCAGGAAGGUGGGCAUCAACCCGGACAACGUGGCCACACCCAUCGCUGCCAGCCUGGGUGACCUCAUCACACUGGCACUGCUGGCAGGCAUCAGCACGGGGCUGUACAAGGAGCUAGACUCUAACGACUAUGCCAACCCGUUGGUGUGUGCCUUCUUUGUGGCUCUCACUCCCAUCUGGGUGCUGAUCGCCCGCCGGAUCCCAUCAACCAAAGAGGUGCUGUACUCGGGCUGGGAGCCUGUCAUCAUCGCCAUGGCCAUCAGCAGUGUUGGGGGGCUCAUCUUGGAUAAAACAGUUUCCAACCCAAACUUUGCUGGCAUGGCCGUCUUCACCCCCGUCAUCAAUGGUGUGGGAGGUAACCUGGUGGCUGUUCAGGCCAGCCGGAUCUCCACCUACCUGCACAUGAAUGGGCUGCCUAUGGGAGAGCCUAACCCUACGCCAAACAAAUGCCCCACACCCUGCACUACUUACUUUGGUUCAGGUGUGAACUCUCGGUCAGCCCGAGUGCUCUUCCUGUUAGUGGCCCCGGGUCACCUUGUCUUCCUUUACACCAUCAACACCAUGCAGGGUGGACACACCACCCUCACCCCCAUAUUUAUUUGUUUCUAUCUGGCCGCAGCUCUCCUGCAGGUGUCGAUCCUGCUUUAUCUGGCAAACUGGAUGGUGCAGUGGAUGUGGGGGCGGGGGAUGGACCCUGAUAACUUCUCCAUUCCAUACCUGACGGCACUGGGCGACCUGCUGGGAACCGGCCUCCUGGCCCUCUGCUUCCACAUCUUGUGGCUGAUCGGGGACCGAGACACUGACGUGGGCGACUGAAAGGCUCUGAAGCCUUUACCCGUGUGCCCACCUCUCCUCCCCACCACAGUGCCAGUAAAAAAAAAACAACCCUCCACUACAAGAAAAAAAAUACAUGCUACACAUGUUGACUCUUAUAAAUUGUUGUUGAUGACUUGGAGGUUCCUCAUUAUUUUUCAAUGGGGACCCCUCCUCCCCUUUGGCCUACAGGUCGUUAAUGUAAAAUAUAUGAUCAAGUUGCACUUAAAGUUUUAGCAAAUAUAUUUAAAAAGCAAAAAAACGCAAACUUAGAAUGCAAAUCACCAAGUGCUCUAUGUGUGCGGAAAUGUACAGUAAAUGAGUAUUUAAUACACUAAAAGAAUGUUUAUAAGAGAAGGAAGCGCAAGCUCCAGUUUUCCCACGGAACACUGUUAAUACUCCCAACGGAACACUGUCAAUACUCCCAAAUGAAAGCAAAAACAAUUUCUGGACCAGAAUGAAGUGUAGUAGAUAACCUCUCUUUUGCCAGAGGUAUGUGUUUGUGUUCCUUUGUACAUUUUAAUCCCCCCACCCCAUUUUGCCUCACCCGCCCCUCACUACGCCUGGUGUCUCUCUCAGGAGACGGGAGAGCAUUGCACAGAGGCUACCACACACUGACCCCUGGUCACAAAGGUCACUCACUGUAAAGGUCAGAGAGCCUUGGCCCUCAUGCGCAUAAUGUGUGACCACCAUCCCAGUCCCAAACUCCCUCUCAGUCUUAAGGAACUCCUUUGUUCCCUCUUUAAAUCCUGUUGGACCGGAGCUCGUGGUUUUCAUGUUUAUUUCAUCGUUAUUUUUCCGUAACAUUUCUGUGUUUACUGACCACAGUUAACGUAAAUAUUGGCAUAGAACUGGGUGGCUCCUCCUUAACUAUGCAUGCACAAACACUGUCCUGUGACUGGUUAGAUAGAGCUAAUUGUGCUGACUAGUUGCAAGCCAUGUGUGUUGUGCUAUUGGCCGUUGUUUAUGCGGUCUUCCCAUACCGCUCAUAGUUUUUUAUAUGGCUAGAUAAUGGAAUCAGAAGGACAGUGUGUUUUCUGACAUGAGUGUAGAAAUAAAGAUGACUUGCACCCAAUUUCUCCCUCUGUAACUCCUCCCACUUAGGAUGAAAGCCUCAUGAGCGAUUUUCAAAAUGGCCACCGACUGAGAAUAGUUUAUGGAUAAAACUCCCUUUAAUCGCCUAGUUUUAAAGGAAAAAAAAAAAACUACCAGCAACACUAAUGUACAUUUGCUUUUAUGACAACACUUAGUGGUGGACUUUUUUUCAAGAGGAUUUCGGAGGUAGAAGCUGACUAAGAUUUUGCUGGGACUGGCUAUAAGGGCUACACAUUAAGGUGUCUGUCUGUUCUCCAACACACCAAGGAAGACACCCUGCCAAUGUGUCUCCUGGGCAGAGCUGUCUGACUGAAGACCACGGGAUCAUGCAAAAGAUGUCCAAAAUCUCCCCUCUAGGGUACUCAGGCUGCCACAAUACCCACUGUAGUUAGACGCUCAUGUAGAGCAUGGCUCACACAGAACAUUUAACAAAGCUACAUGAAGGCAUGGCUGAAAUAAAAAACGUGGAAUUUUUGUUUAAAAAAAAAAAAAAAAAAAGCAUGACGCGACUGGAACUGAAUAUAUUUACCUCUGUACCAGACCCCCCUGGGGGAAUUAAAUCAAUAAUCAAACAACAACAAAAACAAACAAAAAAACUAUAACUAUGAUAACCCAUAACACUCACCAAUGCACUCUGUUGCAGCAGCUACUGAUAACAACUCAGAUGAAUGCAAUUAGUGUUUAGUUCCUUGCAACUGACCACUAACCAUUGUAACGGCUGGCAUUGUACUAAUAUGAGCCUUUAAGUCUUAUACAGCAGUCGUGGCAGUUUUUGCUGCUGUUUAUGCAUUUCUCCAGUCCAUGGAGGCUCAUCUGUUUUAUGUAAACCUGUGGGGUCCACCUGAUAAUGCUGUGCAGGGCACAUGAAUUGCAUUGAUUGAUGAUUUUUUUUCUUUUUUUGUUUUGUCCAAAUACUUUCCCCGACGUGUAAUGGUGAAUGGCAUAGCAUUUCUUCAGAAUUGCUUUUCAAAGACAUUGUUUUUUCCCCCUUAUGUCUUUUUCCUUUGCUGUCAUCGGUUUCUUGAAUUGUUUAUUCUACGCUGGUCAGACGUCAGUGAGCGUAUCACUGACUUGUGGCAAGCUGAGGUGAGACCACUGCUGUGCUAAACGUACUGUAAUCCUGUGGCCACCAGAGGGCAUUGUGGGAAUCUCAAAAGGCACAGCCCAGAGGAUGGCCACCAGGUGGCAAACACAGGAGUACGCGUGCCUCCACACAUCCUGAGUCUGUGCUAGUCUCUUUUCCUCGGUGCAACUCACCUGUUGCCAUGACACCACUGCCUGGCAGCGAACACUCACCUGUUGCCAUGGCGCUGCUGUCUGGCUGUGAAUAAUUCUUCAGGGUGUGGGCCGCUUUGUUUUAUUUAUUUUUUAGAUGUAUACAAAGCGAAGUUGUAUAUAAUAUAUAUAUUUAUUCUAUAAAUAAGUUGUCUAUUUUUCAUUUUAUUUUGUCUGUCUUUCAGCUCAUGUUUGUUUUGUUUUGGGCCAGUAGACAUACUUUGUUUGCCCCCUUUAAGAAAACAUUGCAAACCUAACAAACAUAUCAGACAUGUGGUGCCUAAUAUCUGACAGAAACCUCACAUUUACAACUGUAGAACUAUGCCUUAACAAAAUCACCGGCAAGGUUUUAAACAAAAGGAAAAGUAGUUUUAAGAGCUUUUAUCAAUUUUUUUUUUUUUUUUUUCGUUUUGUCUUUUUUAAUUCUGUGAAUUGAUUUUUAUGUUGUAAUGAUUACAUUUUACUCCUGGAAAGACACAACUGUGCAAAAAAAGAGACAAGACUGUUGUGUAACUGUCUGCAUAGGGUGGUGGUGUGCUAGCAUGUGGCUCUGAGCAUGGGACAAGUGAGCAGUUACAGACUGAAGACACAAAUCAAACCAUGGCUACCUUCACUAGAUCUUAUAAAGGACAAAAAACAAGACACAAUCCAACGCAGAUCUUAAUGGCAAUUUCUUUAAGUAAAAAAAAUCCCUAUUUGGCAUGGAUUGUAUGUCAAACAAACUCAAAUCCACCCUUCACUUGUUAGCAGAAGGCUAAAUAUCAAUACAGCUGUUACUCUCCUGUUGCCGUGUGCAGACAGAUCACUAGUUCAAGGCUGUCUGGGGGUAAAGCUAUCAAUGUCAGAUCAUAUGUAUUGGGCCUGUGCUCUUGGUUUGAACUAUAGGAUAGGUUGAAGGCUCAACACAAUGCCACCAUAUUACUGCUGUACCAUCACCACUACCACCAUCCUGUCUCUCUUCUGCUGUAAUGGGGAUUCAAACAGUGGUACUUGUAAAUUUGCUGGAAUAAAAAAAUAAAAAUAAAGAAAAUCUAUUAUUUCGUACCAA